UGCUCCCGCCUCACUGGGAGAACCCGGAAGAGGCCCAUUGUUGUUGUUAGCUAUGGUUGUUAGCUGUUAGCCUCGUUAGUUCAGUUUGAUGCAUAAUCCCGCUCUUCUGUCCGUUUCUCUGUCCGCUGUGAGCAUAGCCGCUGCGGGAUGGCAGUGAGCGCCUGUCACCUGGAGUCCGACGCCUUCCUCGUGUGCAUGAGCCACGCACUCAGCACCGAGAAAGAAGAGGUGAUGGGGCUGUGCAUUGGUGAGCUGGAGCCCAGUCGGGUGGUCCAUGUACAUUCUGUGAUCAUCCUGAGACGUUCGGACAAACGGAAGGACCGUGUGGAGAUCUCCCCGGAGCAGCUGUCUGCAGCCAGCACAGAGGCCGAGCGACUGGCAGACAGCACGGGGCGGCCCAUGAGGGUGGUGGGCUGGUAUCACUCCCACCCCCACAUCACCGUGUGGCCCUCCCACGUGGACGUACGUACACAGGCCAUGUACCAGAUGCUGGACCAAGGCUUUGUGGGGCUCAUUUUCUCUUGCUUCAUCGAGGACAAAAACACACGCACAGGACGUGUGCUGUACACCUGCUUUCAAUCCACGGCCAAGGGCUCUGAGAAUGAACGGCUGGAGAUCCCCAUCCACGUGCUGCCAAGGGAGGCCAUCAGCAAGGCCUGUCUGGAGUCUGCUGUGGAGCUGCCCAGGAUCCUGUGUCAAGAGGAGCAGGACACCUACAGGAAGAUCCACGCCCUGUCCCACUUGGACCCGGUCACCCGCAUCCACAACGGCUCCGUCUUCACCAAGAACCUCUGCAGCCAGAUGUCGGCAGUGAGCGGACCCCUGCUGCAGUGGCUGGAGCACAGGCUCAGCCACAACCAGCAUUGCAUCAGUGAGCUCCAGAGAGAGAGGCAGCAGCUGAGGGAGGAGCUAGACAAGCUGUGAGCCACAUGACACAGGACACUGCCACAUGUUUAUCGAUAAAGGUGUCAACUCUGCGCUUUCAUUUUGGGUUCACACUGUUGGAAAAACAAGAAUGUUUGACAGACAGGAGCAGUGAUGUAAUAGUAACUGUAAUAUUGUGAUAUCAAUGACGAAAUAUUGUGAUAUCAGGUCAGUCACAAUUGUAUCACACAAUCAUUUGCAGCUCAAGUGGUGCAGUGCUAAAACUCCCAAAGUGCUUUGCUCCCUUUCAGUGCAGCUAGCACUUCAAAUUCAAAUUUCACUCAUAAAUAUUAUAUGAUUAUACAUUAUCCCUAAUGUUUGUGAUCAUGUUUCUCACUGUUUGUCUGAUGUGUCUGCACUGGUGUCCAUGAUUUCUUCUUGGGGUUUUGGGUUGGAGGGUACAGUCCGUUCUGUAUCAGUUGUUGUGUGUGUUGUGUGUGUACAGCUCCCUGUCUCACCAGAGCUACAGCAGGAGCCCAGGUCAAAGCAUCAGUGCUAUGGCAUCUUUUUAUAUUGUAAAUACUGUAAAUGGCUCACUUAAUUUUGUUUCAAAAAAUAAAUACCAUAAAUACAAAUUUAA